AUGUCAGACACUCCUCAGAUUAAUAUCAUAGCUAAUGAUUGUGUGAGCAUAAAUCAAAUGAAAAGAGAGAAAUUCAGAAUGGACAUCAGGAAAAAUAAGUUGGAGAGUCUAUUCAGAUAAAAUAGAGGAAUUCAUAGAUUAGGGGAUUCUAAAGUCCCUUCCAAUUAAAAUAUCCUUGAUUACUUAUAGGAAUUCUUAAAAUCUGAUACCAUCGAAACUUUGAAUCAAUUUUGCAAUCUGAUUGACUCAAAAGAUUUAUUUGAAGCAUACUAUGAAGUCUCUUAAUUCAUUAUUGAUAUUAAAUAUUAUCUCAUUUAACCAUUGAAUCAUCAAUCACAUUUCAAUAAGAUGUUACAACUAUUGAAAAAUUGCAUUAUAGUCAAUCCAAAAAUUGUUAAAACAAUCCUAUCAGAUGAAAAAGAUAAACUUGAUUUAGCCCUAUUAUUCUAAUUGAUGAAAAUUUUGUAAUCUGCAGAAUGGAAAUCAUUGCAUGUUGAUGCUUUAAAUACUCUGAAUUUAUUAAUAGAACAAGAGAGUUAACUAUUAGAUAUAAUACAACAAGAAAAAUUAUUAUUAGAAUAAAUUGUUUAUCAGGCAUUUGAUUUGGCCACUGAUGAAUACUUGAUGGCUCUUACUGAAUUUUUAUCCUUAUAUUUACAAUCCAAAAGAGAAUUAAAAAUUAAAGAUUAAUAUAAUAUUACUUUGGAUAUACUGAAUAGAGCGAUCUAAUCUAAGGAUCUCUAAAUUAUUUAUGGCUCAGUUCUAUUAGCCAAUUGCUUAAGCGAAUAAGAAUUUACAUUUUUUUAACAAAUAUAUGCUAUAUCUGACAUCAUUGUCGAUUAUCUCGAGUAAGACCUUUCGCAUUUUGAGUACAUUGUCAUUUUUAAAACACUGAAGAUUUGUAUUAAGAAAAUGUCGGAAUUGUUGUUCCCCCUAAUUGGCAAGAAUAACAUAAUGGAAAUACUAUAUAAUUUGGCCUAUAAAUUAGAAAAACAAGCAGGAAAAGACUUAUUAAAAUUGGUAUCUUGUUAUUAUAAAACUUAUACAAAUUUGCAUUGUGUAAUUGAAGAUCAAGUUCUCAACAAGUAUGUCUAAAAAUGUCUAAUGGAAUAUCUUGAUAAAUUUGUAGAGUAUUAUGCUCAGUCUAAUUUUGCAUAUAUUUAUAAAGUAAAAGUGUUAGAUAAACUGAUUAAUUGCCAAAAGCAUAUUCAAUUUAGACUACAAGAAUAAUAAUAAUUUAAUCCAGAACCUUAUAUUAAAUUCUUUGGAGUGAUUGAACAGGCUUUGGAGUAAGUAAGCAUUAAAGUGGAAUAGAUACUGUAUUUCAUAGAGGCCCUUUCAAAUGUAUUGUAGAUAGAAGAUAUGCAUUAUUAAACGGAAGUUCUUAAGCUGAUUCCAAAUUAACUAUAGGAUUAAUUAAGUAACCUCAGUAUGCAUGAAAAUGAUAGAGUGGCUUAAGAAACGACUAAUCUAAUUGUAUUAUUGCAAUUUUGUUGA